CGGUAUUGUAUUUUGGUAACGACGAUAGGCAGCCAUUAUAGAAAUUGGAUUAACAAGCUAAGAUGGCAGAUAGUAAGUUUAGACCUUUGUCGUUUUCUAUGUUUCUUACUCAAUUUGGUGCAUGUUUCAUCGGCGAAAAGUUACGUUGGCUCAGAUUCCUAUUAGGUGAUAUUCUCCAACCAGCUGACCUGUCAAACGACGCCGACAUUGCAAUUACUUUAUUACAGAAGCUUGUUGUUAAGGGUAAAAUAAAGGAGGAAGACGUUUGUCUACUUCGUGAAAUAGCCGAGUUGAUUGAGAUACAGGACGCAAAAGACUUGCUCAGCAAGUACGCUCAGAAUGACCCAUAUCAAUUCCAAUUAAUAAGCAGAGAACGCAGUGCCAUUUUUAAAGCAUUACGGGCAUUUAAUAAAACCGGUAAAGUUACGGAUAUGAAGAUACUAGCUGGACACUAUAAAUUGGUUGAUCAUGAGUUCACGAAUGAAUGGGACUUGAUAUUUCAUUUGGAGAUGUACGUUUGGCCAACUAAAAAAGAAGAAUAUUUGGAGGAGUUUCAUGCUCUCAUAAACCCACAGGCACAACACGUCUUAGUUGAUACGCUAGCAGGUAAAGGAACAUAAGGUGCAGAUAAGUGAUGUGAGGGGAAAACACUUUGGGGCAGCUAGUCUGCGAAACUUUACACAUCCAACCAACGGUUUUACCUAUUUUUGGAACUUAUUUUAUAUAACUCAAAAUAUUAAAAAAGGGGAUUUGUGACUUGUAUGAUAAGAUCAACAGCGAGAUGAUUAAAUAUUGGGAUGAUUUCCCUGAUGAUCACAAAAACACUUUACUUGUGCCAGAUAGCACCCUAGGCCCGUUGCCAUCUGGCCUUUUGCCACCCUAGGCCCUCAACUGUCCAACUGUCCAUAAUAUUAAUAUAUAGGCCUACUAUUCGAUGGUAUGCAAACUAUAGCAAAGGAACAGCGACGGAAUAGCGAAGAAGUCCAAAACAAAGUUAUAAAAUAGUAUGCAGCGAAUCCAACUUGAGCAGGAAUGGCAAAUGAAGAUUCAAGUCAUCAUAUGUCCACAAAUCAAACCGUCAUCCGAGGUAACACCAUCAACCAUCCCAUGUCGAUCAGACAUGGACCUGGGUGUUCCUCCAUCAUAAAUCUCGAAACUUGUAACAGAAAUUAAAAUACUCCAGCCAACUAAACUUAAAUUUAGGGGAGCAGCCUACCCCCGAGCCUACCCUAUCUCCAAUUAGAGUCAGUUCAAUCAGAGCUGAACGGUAUAGAUUCUGCCCCAUCUAAGUUAGUGUAGAAUUAUGUUGGUACAGUACUCUGAUGGAAUGACCACAUGGGCCAGAGCCACGGCCCUCGGGCUGAGGCACCGCUCUCCCCUCGCUGGAUUUCUGAAUUUGUUGAAUUCUCCCUCUUAUUAUUUUAUUAAUCAUGAGACAAUUUAAUUCUUAUUGGUCCCUAGCAUUGGUUAACUCCCUAAGUCACUUUCCAUUCCCAAUCUUGGUUUCCGGUCAUCCGUCACUUUUAGGUGGACAGGAUACUUCCCUUCUAGGACCACAAAAACGUACAAUACCCUGAUCAAAUUCCAUGGGGAACAACCUACCAAGAAAUAGUAAGGUACUGCAAACUAUUGACUAUAGGAAAUAUAAUGCAUAAAAGAAUUAGCAAAAUACAUUGAUUAAAAUAAUAAAUUUUAAGUCUUAAUAAACACACAAAAUACA